ACCCCGCAAUUACUAUACAACACGAACUGCCUCCCCUAUCGACUCAUUUUCUUCUCCUUUUCCCCGUCAGACUCAGAUCUCUGUGUAUGUGUGGGGGUCUGCCGGCUGCGGCAUAGAAAUCGAAAUGUCAUGGUUAACAAGGUCUUUGGUGAACUCGCUGAAAGUCUAUGACGACGACGACGACGACGAGGAUGAUGGAAAGGAAAGGAUAAACGAUAGAAAGAGGGAUUCACCAGAAGAUGAGCAACUGCAACAGCAACACCAUAUCGACUCAUUUUCUGAGGAUCACGGACGAGGCCUCAAAGAAGAUCUCUCGGAGUUCAAGAAAACUCUAGCCCGUCAGCUAUGGGGCGUCGCCUCUUUCCUCUCUCCUCCUCCUCCCUCCACUUCCCAAUCUCCAUCCCCUUCUCCUCCUCCUCCCCCUCUCCCCCCAAUCUCUUCUACUGAUCCUACCAUCUCCGACUGGAAUCGUUGGGAAUCAUCGGAUCAGUCCGUAUCUGGAGAAACUUUCCAUCCCGAAAUCCCCGAUUCGGCUGGAAUUGCAGGAAUUCGUAGCGAUUUUGCCGAGAUUGGGGGAAAAUUCAAGUCUGGGUUCUCCAAGCUAUCCGGUACCAGAGCUGUUUCCGAGAUUUCGAAGAUCGCUUCCACUUUUCUUCCACCCUUUGGAAUUGAAGGGGAAUCUGUGGAUAACACUUCUGUUGAAGGUGUUAUUGGUGUUACUGAUGAGGUAUUAGCAUUCGCUAAGAAUAUCGCAAUGCAUCCGGAGACGUGGUUGGAUUUCCCUCUGCACGACGAAGAAGAUUUAGACGAUUUUGAAAUGUCUGAUACCCAACAAGAGCAUGCUUUGGCUGUUGAAAGACUUGCUCCAAGAUUGGCAGCUCUUAGGAUUGAGCUUUGCCCGGGAUAUAUAAGUGAGGGAUUCUUUUGGAAGGUUUAUUUUGUUCUUCUGCAUUCUAGGCUCAAUAAACAUGAUGCUGAGCUUUUGUCUACGCCCCAGAUUGUGGAGGCUAGAACAAUGUGGAUGCAGGAACUACAGAACAGUACAAAGCCAGAAGAACCAGACUGGCCCAAAAGAGGCAUGUCAUAUGAAUGUGAGGGUACUAAUUUAGUGCAUGAAGGGUGUUUAUCUGCAUCAUGUAAUAGUCUUUACGAGUCUGUGUCACUCAAGACAUUUGCUUCUGAAUACACCUCUGUACCAGUAACAGAUUUUGAGACUGAGAAGCAUCCAGUUGUAAGCUCUGAGAUGCAGAUUAUUGAUAAAUCUGUUGUUGAAGAAGGUCCUGCAGUCAAUAGCAAGGAUAAGGCGGACUUUCUGCUUGGUUCAUCUUCCAAGGAUUUGGAUCAGAAAUUUGAAGAUGAUGGGGACGAAUGGUUAGAGGAUAACUCUGAUCUAGGUGGCUUCAGUGGUACCACCAUUCCUUUAGGAGAUGAAGAAGAUGUAUCAUUCAGUGAUCUUGAGGAAGAUGAUGAUGGGAACAUUCCUGUAAAAUCCAAAACAGUAGCAUAUAUUUCAGAAACUUCAACAAAAGACUCCAGAUACAGAAGCUCAACAGAACCGUCUCAGAACUGUCAGUUCCCUGAUAAGGAGCACAUUUGAAGUGAACAGACGCAUGCUAAUAAUCCAGAGAGCAAGGAUUCAAGCGACUGGCUUAGUGUUGAUGAGAUUGAUGUGGUGUAAGUGCAUAGCUUCCUGAGGUUAUAGUAAAUGCGUGUGAUGUAAUGAUAUAUCCAUAUUCAUGCUCCAAAUAGUUUAAAAUAGGUUGUGGCAACUGGUGUUUGUAAAUAUAACCCACUUGAAUGGGUUUUGUUUUGAAACAACCGUAUAUCCAUCUCUCUCUUGGCAUUUGAAUAAGUAUUAAGUUGGUGCACUUCACAGUAAA